ACACGGGCUCCUAGUUUCCGGUAACUGCUGACGCAGAAGGUAAACAAACCUCUUUGCUCGCAGCGAUGAAAGCUCUUCAAAGUGUCAGAUUCUGUCCACGUGCUCGCGUUCUGGGCUUUUUAAACUUGAACUGAAGUGAAUCUGAAGUCGCAGAAGUUUGGAUCGAGUUGUGGAAAGCGGCUGUUUGGUUCGAAUCUCGCGGAUUUGAUUGAAUCUUUAGAGUCGAUGGAGAAGAAGCUCGCUGAUUUCAGGGCUCGACGUCAGGCUGUCAAAUCUGUAGAGAAAACACAGGUUGCUGAUUCUCAAGUCAUGGGACAGACUGAAACUACUAGUACUACUACUAGUAGUACUCCUCCUACUGCUGCUGCUACUACUACAAGUACCACUACUACUACUGCUACUAUGGAGCAGAAAAAGACACAAAGCAGCAAAGGAGCAGCUGACAGCUCUCCCAUCCAGAUCCGAAGUGACUGGCUGCUGGACAGCGCUCUGGGAAGAUGGCUCACCUCCAGACAUGGGAUCAUCUCCAACCUCACUCUUCUGAAAGUGCUGCUGUGGCUGGUGUUGCUCGGCCUGUUCGUGGAGCUGGAGUUCGGCCUGGCCUUCUUCAUCCUCUCUCUCUUCUACUGGCUCUAUGAAGGACUCCGAAGCCCAGCGCCCCGAGAGCCGGGGGAAAUGAGCGCUUACUCCGUCUUCAACCCGGACUGUCAACCUCUGCUGGGCUCGCUCACUGCAGAGCAGCUGGAGGGCGAGAUGGGCUACAUACAUCUGGCCAGCAGCUGAAGAGCGCACUUCACAUUUAUAUCAAAUAAUCAGGGUGUUUUCCUUUUCAGAUCUAACUUUUAAAGACUUUACAGUGACAUAAAUGUGUUUUUACUGUACUUUGACUGUAUGGCACGACAGAAAAUUGAGAUGUCUUAACUUAAAACAUCUUUGUGUCAGUGUUAAUUCUAAAGCUGCCAAUAAUCAUCACCCUAACUCACAAGUUAGUACACGUUAUAUUAGGGAACAUUUUUCUCUCCUGGGAUUCAUCUUUUCACCUCGACUUACGACUUCCUUUACAAGCCAAUGUGGGGUUAAUUCAAAAUAUGGUGCAGGUGUUGAGAAAUGGGAAUGAGAAGAGAAAACAAAGGGCAAGUUGCUAUUAAUAUAUAUGUGGUAAAUGGUGUUUACUUGUAAUUGAAGUCUUUCAAAUUCUAAUAAAUUAUUUUGAUGAC